CCCAUCACUACAGAGUCUGCACGAGCAGCGCAUGCUCCUGGGUCCAGUCUGAUAGAGACGAGAUGGCGGCAGCAGCGUCUAAGAGGAUGAGCGUCCGACAGAGAGUUCCUGCUAAGAGCGACCGGGACCGGACCAGCCAGGAAGUCAGCACCGGGAAACAGAGAGGAAGAGAUGGACUUAAACAACACCACUGUGACAAAUCCUUCAGAACAUCUGGACAGUCAAAGAAUCAUCGGAGAGUUCACACUGGAGAGAAACCGUACAGCUGUGACCAGUGUGGGAAGGUUUUCUCUACUUUAAGUAAUCUAAAAAGUCACAAAUAUGUUCACAUGGGGGAGAAACCUACAGCUGUGACAUGUGGGAAAUUUCACUCAUUGGGCUAA